AUGCCUAGCAGCAGCCUGACUGGCCCUUAUAGCACAGACCUACAGGACGGUAGAAAGACGAGAAAGUCCAGACUUAAGAUAGCCUCGUAUCGAUCCGUCAGAGGGCAAGUAGGAGGCAUAAUCCCCUGUUCUGCAGGUGGCCAUGCCUACAGACGUAUCAUGUACGGCUUUGUCGGGGACUCAAGCCUGGAGGCCUAUAGUCCUCCAAUCAGGCCAUCUGGAGCACCAUUUUGA